AACUCCUUGACAGAAAGUAUAACACGCGUUUCGGUUGUUUACAAUGUGGAAGUGAAGUGAUGGAUAUAGAUAUAAUGGAUAUUUUACAAUCCGAAGAUAUAAAAGUUGAGCGUGCACCAGAAGAGGAUAUACCAGUACCAUCACUCGGCACUAAAGGUGCCAUGAAGGAAAAAAGUAAAAAUGCAGCCAGAAGUAGAAGAGAGAAAGAAAACGCAGAAUUUCUGGAACUAGCAAAACUUUUACCACUACCUGCUGCAAUCACAUCACAAUUAGACAAAGCCUCAGUUAUCAGACUGACAACUUCUUAUUUGAAAAUGAGGCAGGUGUUUCCUGAUGGGCUGGGAGAUGCUUGGGGUGCAACCCCCGCAAUUCCAAACCCUAGAGACACACCCAUCAAAGAACUGGGAUCAUACCUUUUACAGACAUUGGAUGGUUUCAUCUUCGUCGUAGCUCCAGAUGGAAAAAUAAUGUACAUAUCAGAAACUGCGUCUGUUCAUUUAGGUUUAUCACAGGUAGAACUGACAGGAAACAGUAUAUACGAAUAUAUACAUCCAGCAGAUCAUGAUGAAAUGACAGCCGUACUAACACCCACCAUGUUCCCUCCCGGGGUGACGCCAUUGCAUGAUCAUGAAAGCGAAAGAGCAUUUUUCCUCAGAAUGAAAUGUGUUCUGGCGAAAAGAAACGCAGGAUUAACAAAUGGCGGAUACAAGGUUAUCCACUGUUCGGGUUAUCUCAAAAUAAAGCAAUAUAGCGCUGGAUCUGGACCUUACGAAGCUGGCUGUUAUCAGAAUAUGGGUUUAGUUGCAGUAGGCCACUCGUUGCCACCUAGUGCUAUUACCGAAAUCAAACUCCACACGAACAUGUUUAUGUUUCGAGCAAGUCUUGACUUAAAACUAAUUUUUUUGGAUGCACGGGUAGGUCAGUUAACUGGAUAUGAGCCGCAAGAUCUGAUUGAAAAAACCCUCUACCAUUACGUACAUGGAAGCGAUAUUCUUGCUUUAAGAUUUUCGCAUCAUCAAUUAUUGUGCAAAGGACAAGUCACGACAAAAUACUACAGAUUUCUUUGUAAAGGAGGAGGCUGGGUUUGGAUGCAAAGUUACGCAACAAUCGUCCACAACUCAAGAUCAUCUAGACCUCAUUGCAUUGUAUCAGUUAACUACGUACUAAGUGACUUCGAAGCCAAAGAAUUGAUCCUCAACUUGGCUCAGGGUUCGCCAAGAGAAGACUUAUCAAGUUCACCACGAUCACCAAUACACACACCAACGAGGACUCUAUCAUCACAACAAAAAUACCAUUCCCCCCAUCCCACAAAUAGAAUAGCCUCCACUUUAAUAUCCCCCCAGACGUCCUCCACCACAGACGAUGACUUCAGCGAUUCCAACGGAGGAAUAGCCUAUCCCCCACCUGAUUAUCCAUCGGUGUUUUUACAUUGUUACGGAAACGAAGACUCGUACUACUCCCAGCAGGAAAUGUUUUAUACUUACUCUGAUACCGAGAUCAGUCAACACGUGACCUCUUCAGUAACGUCGCAACAAAGACCUUUUAGCGCAUCUUCGAGUUCUUGUAGUUCUUCAGAAAGUGAACACCUACAUUUGCAGAAUACAAGUAACAACUCGUAUUGCAGUGAAUCGCACAAUAACUUCAAUGUAAACUGUUUCAACAAUAAUCAGUCACAGCCGCAGAGUUGGCAAGGACACGAAUUCAAACCUUUGAGCACCGCUAAUCAUUCGGCAGGAUACACCAGCGUUAUCGUGGAUACACAGCAAUAUCAGCUGGCUAACGAAUAUGUGCACUGAUUGAAAAGAAGUAGCCGAAUUGAAUCAUGACUUCUAAUUUUGAAAAGUGUUCAUGAGUGUUUCUCAAAUUUUAGUAAAAUUACUGAAAAAUUUGUGUUAUAGGAAUAUUCGGUGAGGGUUCUAUUUUGAUUUCAAUAAUGUCGACCAGAGAUUAUCAGUAAUUAUCUUUAUCAAUUAAUUCAUGACCACUAUUUUCAUUUCCUGAAAUCACACUGAAUCCAUAGUAAUUCAAAGUUAAUUUACUGACGUUAGAUUAGAUAAUUAUCUAAUCUAAUUGGUUUCUCUGCUAUUUGAUGUUUGUAGUUAAAUAUCAUCUGAAAAAAAAUAAUGUUUUCACAAUAAAAAAAAUGACGGUUGAAAUCCUAUAAAAACAUAUAAGAAUUGAGUAGGGUCAAAGCUAUUACAAUAUGCCCAUAAAAGGACUUGAAAAAAGGUAAACAACUGCCAUGACGAAGAUAGUAUAUCAAAGUUUCAGGAACGACUGACUGUCACUCGAUCAAUUUUAAACCAUUCAGAGCCCCCCCCCUCAUUUUGCCACCAUUCACCAAUAAUAAAUAAGAUAAGUUGCUUAAUAAUUAUAUAUGUUUCACUUAACAUAUAAUUGUGCCGAAGAUGAUUGUGCCAAAGCUAUUUUCCGGGGUAAAAAAGAUCCCUUGUAGCUUGCUAAAACAAGAGAAAUUGUCGCCUCGAGCAAACCGACAAAUCAGCUGUAGCCGAACAUGCACUCAACAAAGAAGGCACUC